ACCACAUGCGUGUUUACUAGCAACGACGCUUUCGUAAUAGUUAGCUUAGCUAGGUUAAGUUAGCUAGCUGUCUGGCCAACUGCAUUGGCAAUAUACAUUUUAAAAUAAAUAAAUAAACUAAAGUCUGUGGCUCUAGUGAUGUCGUCAGUGUGUGGCAAUAGUGACCUCAAUGGGAAACAUUCAGAAUGUACUCAGCCUCUGGACAAGGAACAUCCUAGGCUGUUGAUCCCUGAGCUCUGUAGACUAUUCUAUCAACUGGGUUGGGUGACGGGAACCGGUGGAGGAAUAAGCUUGAGGCAUGGAGACCAGAUUUAUAUUGCACCCUCUGGAGUCCAGAAGGAGAGAAUACAGCCAGAGGACAUGUUUGUGUGUGACAUAGAGGAGAGAGACCUCAGCUGCCCACCACCCUGGAAGAAGCUGAAAAAGAGCCAGUGUACCCCCCUCUUCAUGAAUGCCUUCACUAUGAGAGAGGCUCAGGCAGUGAUACAUACUCAUUCCAAGGCUGCGGUCAUGGCAACUCUGAUGUUUCCUGGUAAGGAGUUCUCUAUCACCCACCAGGAGAUGAUAAAGGGUAUUCGCAAAGGCACCUCUGGUACAAACUACAGGUAUGAUGACACCCUAGUAGUGCCGAUCAUUGAGAACACGCCUGAAGAGAAGGAUCUAAAGGAGCGCAUGGCUCGGGCCAUGGAUGAGUACCCAGAAUCAUGUGCAGUCCUGGUUCGCCGACAUGGGGUUUAUGUCUGGGGGGAAUCCUGGGAAAAGGCCAAGACCAUGUGUGAGUGCUAUGACUACCUGUUUGAUAUGGCUGUUCAGAUGAAGCAGUGUGGCCUGGACCCCUCAUCCCUUCCCACUGAAGAGAAAGGAAUCAUCUGACAUGCCAUGAACACUGGAUGUAUUUUUUGGACUAGGGCUAGAGAAAAUGUCACAUGCCUGUUUUUCAUGUACAGUCAGUGCUGUUAAUGUAAGCUUUUAAUAAAAAAAGCCUAAAGAUGAGGGGCGAUCAAGUAAUGAUACAAUUAGGGUAUCCCCUGAUUGUGACUUACAACACUUAAUGCAUAAAUCUUUAUUUUUCUAAAUUUGUUUUUCAUACAACGUACAAACAGACCUCUGUGUUCCUGACCCAAGAAACAAGGUUUUAUAGCAGGCACUUAUGCCAGCAGUGAUAUAAGCUUACUUGUUGCUUCUGCAUCUUUCCUGUAGAAACAGCAACAAUUUUUAAAUAUUCAAUGGCUUGACACAGAAUUGGCCAUUGCAUGCCUGUAAGGAUUUGCUGGAUUUAACACAGCUGGAUUUAACACAGCUUCUACUGUGAUUUAAACAUCCCAUCAGUGCCACGGCCUUCCAUGUCUGCAAGACUGACUUUUGGUUGUUGCUUUUGCGCAACGCGAAAGAGACAGGUGACAUUGUGAAUUUUGUGGAAAUGGCUGGUUGGCAGCCUGUUCAGAGCGUGAACAUUUGUCAUCACUGCUAGUGCAGCCAUCAAUAAAUCAAGCAACAGUCUGAUUGUAUGUAGCAGUCAGCUUCGAAUUGUAUUCAUAUGUAAUGAAUAAACACUUUUUGUAACUAUUUAAA